UUGUUCCGAUCCGAGAGGCGCUCUAUCAACCGCACUGUACUUUUGCACUCGUCUACAUAUUAUCGUGAGUGUUAUCAGAAUGUGCAGUGUCUACUGAUAGUAUUCCAGAGAUUGAAUUCUACUUACUGGAGUAUAACGAUGUCAUUGACGUCACUAUCUAAAACUGCCUCGUCUGGUCUACCCCUGGCCUUGGAUCGGGUCAAUAGUCAUCAGAACAACAACAACAAUGAUAUUCAACUCAACAACAACAACAACAAUAAGGAACUGCAAAUUCGGCAGCAUCACUUGACGCAUAACACAUCCAAAUCAAAUCAGGUGGGCACAGUUGUCCUGUACGGUGUGCCAAUAGUGUCCCUGGUCAUCGACCAGACAGAACGUCUGUGUUUGGCGCAGAUCAGCAACACACUGCUAAAGGCGUUCAGCUACAACGAGAUACACAACCGUAGAGUGGCGCUGGGCAUCACUUGUGUCCAAUGCACGCCUGUGCAGCUGGAGAUACUCAGACGCGCCGGUGCUAUGCCUGUCUCUUCAAGACGAUGUGGAAUGAUAACAAGGCGAGAAGCUGAGCGACUGUGUAAAUCGUUUCUGGGUGACAACUCGCCCCCUCGGCUGCCCGAUGACUUUGCUUUCGCCGUUCACCAUGAAUGCGCCUGGGGGUGUCGCGGAUCUUUCUUGCCUUCAAGAUACAACAGUUCGCGAGCCAAGUGCAUCAAAUGCUCCAUUUGCGGCCUGUUCUUCUCGCCCAACAAGUUCAUCUUUCACUCGCACAGGUCGGGGCCGACGGCGCGCUACGUGCAGCCGGAUGCCGCCAACUUCAACUCGUGGCGACGUCACAUGCGGCUGAGUGGCUCCCCGCCUGAGGAGAUCGUCCACGCCUGGGAGGAUGUCAAGGUAAAAGCGAUGUUCAAUGGAGGCACUCGGAAACGGCUGCUUUCUACACCCGCUGGGUCAGCUCUCACAAGCCAGUCACCGGCCCAGGGCUCCAAGGCGUCUCCACCGCAUCACAUCAUGGUCACGCCCAGCUCCGGCCCCAUCCACCAGAAGGCAGCUCAUGGUGACGUCAUCAUGGGUCACCAGGGGGCACCACCACCUCCCUUCCCACUGGGGGCAGCCCCCUCACGGGUGCCCUCACUGCCUCUCGUCAUGGACUAUGUUUGGCAUCACGCUGGCAUCUAUUCAGGUAUCAAGCCUUACUGCUUGCCUUGGCUGACACCGUCUCCACUUCUCAUCCCACCGCCGCCGCCAGCGCCCACAGCGGUCAACAUGACAACUAGCAUCAACAGCAACCAUGUUUCACAGCCGGAUAAGCAAGCAGGUCACCAUCAGCAUCACCAUACCAGCGCUUUCAGACCUGUUUUCACGAGUGCUUCAAUUUCACCACCGACUCGAUUCCAUAUUGGGGACACCUCCCUCUCCAACACACUACCCCCGCCUCCCCUGUCACGAACACAAUUUGCAGACCAUGUCAAACCUUCCCCCUUGGAACGGAGUCCACUGUCUUCACCAAGCAGGUCACGCAGUGAUCGUGAUGAUGAAGACGAGUUCAUGGAAGAUGAGACUCAUACGAAGAUCGUCCCAGAAGUAGCGACGAGUGUUGGAUGCGAUGGAGGGGGAAAUGAGGAAGGUGACAAGCGAAUGGAGGAGGCAGGUGGGGCGGAUGAGGCGGGACAGAGAGGGGAUGAGGAGAACGAGGAUGAGGAAACAGUUGACAUCGAGACCUGUCCUGAGGAUGAACUGAAGCCGAAUCCAUUCUGGGCCCACGACAACGAGAAAAAAUAUCAGACACUCCUGCAGGGUCCUGAACUAGCCGAGAAACAAGACGACGUGAAUAGUGACCUGGAUAGAAAGUACCCUCCACCUUUUUCUUGGCCGGAAUCUGUUCUCUACCCAGAGAGGCGGAGUCAGCUGUCAAGGCCAUAUCCGCAUAAUGUUAGAGAAACCCUUAUUAGUUUAGUGUUUGCAGAAACCCUUAUUAGUUUAGUGUUUGCAGAAACACUGCCAGUAUAA